AUGAGAGAGUUUGACGUGGAAACUAAGGAUCCGGAGAACAUUCAGCGCGUGAUGACUGAGAUCUGCCGCGACCUUGCUUAUGAGUACCUCGGACUGGAACGCUCGAUUUCGGAUGACCAUCCUGCAAAUGAGGCAGUGGGUAAGCUCGAGUUGAUCUCGAGGAGCGAAACAUUGGAGCUUAGGAAGAAGGAAUGA